CCUAACACUGUAACAAAACCAAAAUGAGAGUUGUCUCCCAUAUUCAAAAUGGCGCCGCCCACGUGUGUGGACACUGUAAAUUACACCAGUUGUUUUCUGGUGCUUUGAUUUAUUGUUAAAGAUGGAUAUGUCUUGAUAUUCUUACAAUAGAUUUCUGGUACAUCUGCUCGUACAUGAUGGAGGAUGAGGGUAAUGACAAGAAAGGACAUAGAGCCCGUUUGGCCGGAAGGAAAGCUGAAAAGAAGAAAGCUAAAAACAAACAUGAACAAGACUUGAGUGCCCGGCAGCGCAAUCCUAAAGCCUUCUCCAUACAGGCUGUUCAGAAAACUGCAAGACGUGUACAAAGAACACUUGACAUCAAGACACGAAAGCAGCACAUUCCUCUGGUCGAUCGGACCCCACUGGAACCACCCCCUGUGAUUGUUGCUGUCGUUGGCCCACCCAAAGUAGGAAAGACAACUCUGUUGCAGUGUAUCGUGAGGAACUUUGCUAAAGAAAAAUUGUCUAAUGUACAAGGUCCAGUCACCGUGGUUUCUGGCAAGCGAAGAAGACUGACAUUGAUCGAAUGCAACAAUGACAUCAACUGUAUGAUCGACAUCGCUAAAGUUGCUGAUCUGGUGUUAUUAUUGGUAGAUGCCAGUUUUGGUUUUGAAAUGGAAACAUUUGAGUUUCUGAACAUCUGCCAAGUUCACGGUUUCCCGAGAAUCAUGGGAGUUUUGACUCACCUGGAUAUGUUCAAGAACAACAAACAGCUGCAGAAGACCAAGAAGCGGUUAAAACACAGGUUUUGGACAGAAAUUUAUCAAGGCGCCAAGUUGUUCUACCUGUCUGGGAUGGUGAACGGGGAGUACCAGCGGAUGGAGGUUCACAACCUGUGUCGCUUCAUCUCAGUGAUGAAGUUCCGGCCACUGCAGUGGCGCAUCACCCACCCCUACAUCCUGGCUGACCGUGUGGAGGACAUCACCAACCCCGAACACCUGCGACAGAACAACAAGUGUGACAGGAGGGUCUGUCUCUACGGCUACGUCAGAGGAACGCAGAUGAAAAAUGGACAGUUUAUUCACAUUCCAGGAUGUGGUGACUUCAUCAUUCAUGACAUGCAGUUCCUCUCAGACCCAUGCCCGAUGCCAGACAGAGAAAAACGGCGAUCGCUGAACGAUAAAGAACGUUUUAUCUACGCCCCCAUGUCUGGCGUUGGGGGAAUCGUCUAUGACAAAGAUGCAGUGUACAUUGAUCUCGGUGGAAGCCACUCGUACUCAAAGAAACAUGAGGAAGCCAAGCCGUCUAACGAGCUUCUGUCUGCGCUGAUUGGGAUGAUCAACCCGGUGGAUGAGAAGAUGUCUAGUAGUGAGAUGUCCGUGUUCACCAACACCACUCCCAUCAUCAGUGGGGACUCAGGCAGUAUAGACUUUAUUUCAGAAACAGAUAAAACAUCAGUUCACAGUCACGUCCGUCGGAAAGCAGUUUUUAGCACAAAGGAUGAAGACAGUGAUGAUGAUGAUGAGGAGGAGGAUGAUAACGAUGAUGAUGGCAGUGAAGAUGAGGACAACAAACAGACAGUCAAACAUGAUAAGCAAAAAGAAGUCAUCUCUCAGGAAGUUCCAAAGUCUACUGAUGUCUGUUUUGAUGAUAGUGAUGCUGAUAGUGAUGAUGAUGAUAGCUUUCAGGUAUUUAAGACAUCUAAAUCUCCAAAGAGUGAGAAAGUGAAAUUAAAACAUUCAAAGAAACUGAAAUCUCGUUCUACAAAGAGUUGUGAUGAGACUAAAACAAGAGACAGUGAGAAUAUCAAGGAAGAUGAAGAAGAAGAAUCUGAUGCUGAUCAGAGCAGUGAUGAGGAUGACAGCAAUUUACAGACGGUUACUAUGGAAACGGAGCAGACGCCUUCUGACAGUGACAGUGAAGAUGAUGAAGUUGUUUUUAAAAUUUCAAAAUCACCGUCAAAGAAAAAAACGAAAAGUAAAAAGAAAAGACAAAGUGUUUCGCAGAAUGACAAUAUUUCUAAUAUCUCUGACAGUGAUAAAGUAGUUACUUCGUUAAGUUCAAAAAGUAAAAAGAAGGUCAAACAAACUGCAGUGAGUAAGAAAAUGGGAAAGUUGGAACAUGUUUCCAAGAAGAAGUCUGGGAAUGUAGGUGUGUUGAAGUCGGAUGAAUGUGAGAAAAUGGAUGUUGGCAGUGAUGAUGACUUGUCAUCAAAGAGUGAUGAUAAUUCUGAUGAUCAGGAAAGUGAAAAUUCUAAAACACAUGCUGCUGCUGGACCAGCAGCUACUGAGGCAGAUCAGACUAAUUCCGAGGCAGAUGAAGUGAGUUCAGACUCUGAGGCAGAUGAUGUGAGUUCAGACUCGGAGGCUGAACAAGUGGGUUCUGAUCCUGAUGAAGAAGUGGGUUCUGAUCCUGAUGAAGAACAUGAUGAUGAGAAUAUGGAGGCUGAUGACCAAGCAAAUUCUGAUGAUGGAGUGGGUGUACAGUGGAAGGACAACAUGACAGAAAAGGCUGCUGAAGCGUUUCGAAGACGGCAAACAGGAAAAGUUAACUACAGAAAACUGAUUUACGGUCCAGUGGUUGCUGAAAAGGGCGAUGAAGAGUCCGACAGUGCUGAUGAUGAGCUGGGCGGCCUGUUUAAGAUUCUCAAGAAGAAAAGUCGACAGGAGAAACCUGACCAAACUCUGAAUGAGACGGAGUCCUCGAAACUGGUCGUCGAUAACCUACAAGACUGGGACCUGCAAGAGAUCCGUGACAGUAUCCGAGACUGUUUCGUGACUGGAGCCUGGGACAAAAGUGAUGACGCAGCUCAAAGAUUGAAGGAAGAUGAUGAGCUGUAUGGUGAUUUUGAAGACUUGGAGACAGGCCAGGUACACCGUGGAGAGGAUGAUGAGGAAAAGUUGGAGGAAAACGAUGAUACAGCUGCUGAAGACGCGCCAGAGGUGAGGAAGAAGAAGAAGAGCGAGAUGACCUCGAUGGAGAGACGGGUGGAGAAGAAACGUAAGCUGAAGGAGAUGUUUGACAAGGAGUACGACGUGAAGGGCGACUCGGAGUUCUACGAUGCGUGGAAGGCUGAGAACCAACAGCAGGCACAGUUGAACCGAGCUGAGUUUGAGAGCCUGGGAGAAGAGCAGCGUGUCGAGUACGAGGGGUUUCGCCCUGGCCUGUACUGCCGCGUGGAGAUUGACAAGAUGCCCUGUGAGUUCAUCGAACACUUCAACCCCACCUACCCACUGAUUGUCGGCGGGCUGCAAAACAUCGAGGGAAAUAUCGGAUUUGUGCAGACACGGCUAAAGAAACACAGAUGGCACAAGAAGAUUCUCAAAACACGCAACCCUCUAAUUAUCUCCCUUGGAUGGCGGCGGUUCCAGACUUUACCUCUGUACUCGAUCCAGGACCACAACUUCCGGAACCGACUUCUCAAGUACACGCCAGAACAUCUGCACUGUACAGCCUCCUUCUGGGGGCCCAUAACUCCUCAGGGUACUGGACUGCUUGCUGUGGAGAGCCUGUCUGAAGUGGGUUCAAACUUCCGGAUUGCAGCAACUGGAGUUGUGUUGGAGCUUGACAAGUCCAUGCAGAUAGUCAAGAAACUCAAACUAGUGGGAACACCGUCGAAAAUAUUCAAGAAAACAGCUUUUAUUGAGGGAAUGUUCAACUCUCAGCUGGAAGUAGCGAAGUUUGAAGGUGCGAACGUUCGGACGGUGAGCGGAAUACGCGGUCAGAUCAAGAAAGCCAACAAGACGCCACCUGGAUCAUUUAGGGCAACGUUUGAAGACAAGAUUCUGAUGAGCGAUAUUGUUUUUAUUCGAACGUGGUAUCCCGUGGAGGUUCCCACAUUUUAUAACCCUGUGACAUCGCUUCUGUUACCGGAUUCGGAGAAAAACCAAUGGCAGGGAAUGAAGACAGUAGGACGUUUGAGGAAAGAGAGAAACAUACAAGUUACACAGAAAUCUGACUCACGUUAUCAGACGGUGGAGCGUCCAGUGAGGCGGAACAAACCGCUGAUAAUCCCACGAGAACUGCGCCAGAACCUGCCGUUCAAAGACACCCCAAAACACCUGCUACAACAACCCAACACAGUGAAGAGGAUCAGUGUCAUCAGGGAGCCCAAGGAGGUCAAGAUUGCCAAGUUGAUGCACAUGAUGAAGGCCUUGUACGAUCAUAAGCGGCGCACGGCCCAUGUGGACAUGCGACACAGAGUGGAAAAACACCACAAGGCUAAGGAGAAGAUCGAGGAGUCGAGACUGGCCAAACAGAAGCAAACCAAAAAAGAUCUUUUCAGAGUGCUCGGAAAGAUGGAACACAAGAAAAACAAAAACAAAGACUGAGAGAAUGAAAUUAUGACAAAAAUCUCAAAUAAAAAUGUGGUGAUCACAGUGUUAAGAUUGAGA